GAAGAAGCGAAUUCGGAUAUAGUCACUAACCUUUGGAGCAAUAGUUCGUCUUUCCUAAAAAUGUUGAGAACAGCCGUUGAUCUCAUUAAAAACAAGAUUCUUUAUAGAGUGUCUGAUUUACAUGAUGAUAACGUAAGCGAUCUCGCUUUUAUGAAGAAAAGUCGCAGGAGUCGCCACCAAAAAGGACAAAAGCUAACAAUGUUAGUGGAAAAAACUAGUGAUAAUUGGAAAGACACCAAUGCCGGGGCAAUUGAUGCAGAAGAAAUUUCUGAUUCAGACGACACUGAUGCUGAACCGAAUGAUACAGAAAUUGAGAACCUCAAUCAAGAAGUAAAUAAUUUGAAUGACACUGAGGUGUCCAUUCGAAAUACUUUACUUGAUGUUCUCAACCAACGUAAAUCUAAGGAUUUAGAAUCGGAAAAAACCUUCAUGAAUUCAACAUUCCUUAACGGAAUAAUUGAUUUAACAGAUGCAGAUACGAAGCGACAAAUAAAAUCAACAUUGCAUGAAGAACAACAAUCAUGGUUAGAUCAGGUAUUAAGGAAACAAGCUUGGAAGCCAACACCCGAGUUCAAGGAGAUCGAAAUUCUCACUCCCGAUACAAGUAAACGCAAGAUCGAUGGAGUCAUGAGGGCUCUUCUGACGAAGCAAACUCAUCAGAUACUGGCGUUAUUUGAGUUUUCCUUCGGUAGAAAGGCCCCUAUGUCCAAAGAUUAUGAAGAUAGAGUGAAGUUGAGUCGCAACGCCAUGAGAACCUUAAACAAAAUUGCUCAAAAAAAUGCCUUAUGGACAGAUGUACAUACGAUACAUGGUUCGACCUCUCCCAUCAAUAUACUGUACCUGUACGAGGAGUUUGCAUGUAUCAGAUACCCCAAGAAUUUCAGCCAAAUGGAACGGUUCGCUAGAGACAUAACGGCGCUCAUGAAUUUUCAGAGCGAUGUCUUGAACACGGUCAAAGAAAACAAUUGUUUUAUUGACACGAUUGAAAACAGCUAUAUCCGCACAGUUUCAGUGCAAGAGACACCAAAAAAGAAAAACAAAGGGAAGAAGGAAACUGGUUCUCCGCCAUCUUCAUAUCCCGGAUCUCCAU